CAGAUUACAUAAGUCUACCCCUUGUCAGUCCGGCAGUCAACAUAUUUGGAGCACCGAAAGUCUAGAGAGCUGAGUAACAACUUUAGGCAUCAACAGCUCGCCACUUGUCCUCCAGUCGGUUCCGCCCCAGGAUCAGGAUCAAGUGGCGAUGGAGAGGCGAAGGCCCCGAAAGUCCUCGCGCCAUUUCUUGCGCUCCAAAUCGAAUCCCUCUGUUGGCGGGGGAGGAGGUGGCCCCUCAGCGGCUACCUCCAGAGUGAGUUCCCAGCAACCAGAUGGCAAUGGAGGCCCCACCAUCACAUCUCUUCUGGGCGGUCGCCUGAAGAGGGUUUCCCGCAUCGCGAGAGCUUCGCGGGGCAUGCAUGUGACCGAAAAUCCAGAGGAAGGCGGAGUGGGAUUCGCCCCCUUCCGGGAUUCCGAUCAAUCGGAUGGCUCGGAUGUGAAUCCCGGAGUGAUGGUCAUUCCAGGGGCGGCAAGUCCGCGAGGAUCGGCAGUGCACGGUCCACUGGUGGGGGUGGCGUUCGGCAGCAUGGCCAGAAGUUCGGACAGUCCCCGGAUAUCCGAGGAGGUGGAGGAGGUCUUCAGGACCUCCUCCCAGCGGUCCGUAUCCGUGGUGGGAACAGGCAAUCUGCGCUUCGAUUCCACUCCUGGUGGUCGUGAUGAGUCCACUACUGGCAACAUCAACUUCGCCCCGAACUCGUACUACGAACAGAACAGGCACAGCAGCAUGGAGUCCGAUGAGUCCAACGGCAAUGGCAACGACAUCCGGGUGGACAGUACUCCGAGCCUUGGAGCCUGCAGCCAUGGCUGGACGCAGCAGCAACACCAGCCCGCCUCGGGACAUGCCGGCAGGGACACUUUGGGGUUCGCCAUCCAUCUGGGCACCGCCACGCUGGGCCACAAUCGAUGCAGCUUGGGCGUUAAUUGCGAUGAGGACUGUGGCUAUGGGACGGGGUGCGAUGCUGGAUGCGGUGAGGCUCAUGGCAUCGAUCCCGGAAGCUUCGUUAUACCAGGACCAGCAGCUCCCGGACCCGCUUUGGUAAUGCAACAGGCAGGUCCACCUGUGAACAGCGCCCUGCGUGGCGCUCAAGGACCGGCAGUGGGUCCUGCUGGAGGAUAUGCCGCUGGGGGAGGCUAUAAGCCCGGCCCCCCUGGACAGCGGGGAUCCAUGGGGUCAGAUUUCGGCAGUGACCAGUUGAACUUCUUCAUUACCUUCCUGCUCGAGGUCCUCGGAGUGCUAGUAUUUUUCGCCAUCUGCACCAUAACAUUCUGGAUCACUCUGGGCUACCAUGUCGUCCAGUUGCUGGUGGACCUGAAGAACGCCGAUCGCAACGUUCAGGUGGCGGUGGCCAUUGUAUUCGGGCUGCUGCUCAUCGCGUUCGCCAUUUCGCAGGUGACUAACCGCAGUGGAGCCUGCUGUCAUUCACGGGACCGAGCCCGUUCCAGGUCCAAGGGCGGUGGCAUGUGCCCGUUCCACAGGUCCACCAAGUCCAAGGCCAAGCCCAAGAGCUGUGCCCCAAAAACCAAGAGCUGUGCGUACAAGCCGAAGAACAAGAGGGCGCCGAACGAAGCAGGUGGCUGCAGGAGGGCGAGCUCUUGCGCAGCCAAAAUAGACUUCCACUCGCACCGAAAGACACGCUACACCGACUGCGAAGGACGGGCCAUUUUCCUGAGCUCCAGGCGAUAUGCCAUACCAACGGAGAUGAAGCAGCCGCCCACAAUCGUCCUCUGGCUGCGUGACGCGGUGGCCCACAUGAUGCAAUAACCGCCAAGAAUCCGCCGCCCCACGUUGGGCGCCAAAAAAAGAACACCAGUACAAAUGACCAGGGACUGACUGGGAGGACUAUUUUCCAUAAACUACAUGGCAAAAAUUCGGAAAUUUCUUAGAAAAUUGAAGGUUCAAUACAUUUUCUAACAACGAACUUAAGAUGUGGGCACCUUGUAAGCUCGCAUCGAAUACGCACAAAUUGA